AUGAACGUCCCGGAAAACCAUUUGUACGAGGACGUGACGGUCAUCUACGAAAACCAGCGGUAUGGCUGGAAGGAAGGGUGGCAGCCCGCGGGGCUCCACGGCGGCGAAGUGGCCUCGUGGACGGACGAGGUCGGCGCGCCAUUUGAAGACUUUCAGCCCGACCCGUCGUCGUGGCAAGUGGACAAGACGCUCGGCGCCGGCGACCGCAACGGCUGGCAGUACGCGUUCACGUUCAAGAAGUUUUUGAGCAGCCCGGGGAAGGCCCGGGCCGACUCGCUCUGGUACCGGUACGUGCGCCGCCGCCGCUGGGUGCUCGUCGCCGCCCAAGAGCGCAAGCAGUUCCACCUCGGUCGUCAAGAGUCGAGUACGACGGACCGCGACUUGCGCUCGAUCUUUCGCCAGCCCUCGGCGCGCGUCAUGUCCUUCUCUGAAGACGACAUGCUCGGGCACACGCCGCAGCUCCGCGAAAUGAUGCAGCAUGUGCCCCCCGAGGUCCACGAGCUCAAGAAGGUCCAGGGCCAGAUCGUCGAGUUUCCGCUCCUCUUCCUCUGCGAGUGCGAUUUGCGCCCGAUGAUUUUGCCCAAGAACCUCUUCAUUUAA